CUGGUAAGACUUAUUUUAUAGCUGCACACUGAAACUCUGCUGGAAGGUGCCUGGAUGAAGAGUGCUGCUAUUACAUUUACACUCAGGCUCAAGUUUACUGUACAAUAGCUGAGCUAAACCCCUGCAAUCAACGUACUGCACCGCUCUUAGUGUAGAUGCGAAGAUAAAAUGCCUGCAAUCAAACAUUACGCUCUAGAAAGUCCUUGGAAUCCAAGCGAGACCGCGGUGAGUGUGCAAGGAUGUGUCUCAAACGUCUAGGUAGUGCGCACAACGAAAUCUGUGAGAAAAAAAAACAUUUUGUGUAGUGCGAGGACCAAAUUCUUCAUUAAAUUGUUUUCAAAGCUAUAAGACUAGUCUACAUUUGCUAAUAGAUUAAUGUCUAAAAUCGCUAAUAACUAACCCAGAUAGAUAUAAAACAUCACAGAAAUGGAGCUGGCUCAUACUCUUAAAGACCUCAGUCUCGCUGAAGGGUCUGAGAACAGCAGCGGAGCUAAUUCUGUUAUCAGGGUUUUGUCUCAGACCCGUCAGCGCUUUGUGGCUGAAGAGUCAGUAAAGCCGAGUCUUCUGAAGACAACGCUGGAGCUCCUGCAGGGCCGGGAGCUGCGCUGGCUCUUCCCGGAGUGGAGCUCAGAUUUUCGGGCAGCCUAUGUGGAGGUGGUGGGCUGCUUCACUGAAUACGCCGCUCUGCCUGUGUGUGACUCUGACAGCGGGGUUUUACCCGCCAGCAGCUACGAGCAGAUCCCUCCUAAAGCUGAGGCUGUAGGGUCUGUGCUGCUGGCUCUCACCGCUCAGCUUGGAGAGGCUGUCCGUUCCAGCGACUCUGCAGUUUCAGGUACCGGCAGGGCUCUCCUUCGCGCUCUUGGACCCACACUUUGUGUUUUCUCCAUCACACACCUGCAACUCCAGCCCUGGACCAGCGAGGUUUCCAGAACAUGCGCUCUGAAGCUGCUCAACUCAACAGUCAGAGCAACAGGCAGCGGGUCACUGCUGGAGCUGCUGUGUGGUAAAGAGACUGAUGGAGAUCAAACAGGAAUGCUGGGUCCGAUUCUGGACACGCUGCAGCCAGAGCUGACCAAGGACAUCUGGAAGCGCAACCAGGCUGUCAAGCAUGUGUUCUCCUGGGUGCUGGUUCAGGUCAGACGCCCAUGGUUAGCUGACUACUUGGAGAAGGUCUUCCCUCCCUCUCUGCUUAUAUCUGAUGAUUACAGAACAGACAACAAAAUACUGGGAGUACACUGUCUUCACCACAUUGUACUUAAUGUGCCUGCCGCUGACCUUAGGCAAUUCAACAGGGCUCAGGUACUAUACCAUGCCCUAUUUAAUCACCUGUACACAUCUGAUGCACCACUUAUACAGGUGGUUCUGCCCUGUAUGGUAGAUUUGCUGUCAGUCCUUGAAAAGCCCCAUGUCCAAUCAGGACCACCAAGGAAGCCUAACCACUUUGACGAUGUUUUCCGUCUCAUUUUAACACACAUGGAAAUGGAACACAAGCUGGCACUGCGCCGGAUCUAUGCCAGCAGCCUCCUUCUGUUUAUUGAAAAGAUGGGUAUAGGAAUCGCUCGCCAUCUGAAGAGGCUGGAGAGGGUCAUUGUGGGGUAUCUGGAGGUGUCCGAUGGUCCAGAAGAGAAGGCCAGGCUGAGCACACUGGAAGUUUUAGAAAGAACAAUAAAGACUGCCUGGCCAAGGAUGGAGUGCAGGAUGGAUGUUCUAAGUAAGAGUUUGCUGAGGUUCCUUGUAGAUAUUUCAUCAGAGCCACUGGCUCCUGAGCUCAGGGAGGAGCUCAUGACCAGAGCUUCACGCUGCCUGCUACUGCUGGACCAUUGCUCACAGGGUAAACUGCUGGUGUUGCUAAAGGAUGUGGACAGUAGCUGUGUUUCUGACAGUGUCCUGAAGUGCAUACAGAACCUUGGAGCAGCUCAAGGUGUUUGAGAUAAGUGCACCAUACCAGAAUAGUCAGCCAGCAGGCAUCUCUGAAUGUGCUAUGGAUGCACGCAUUUUGCCUUGGGCUAUUGCUCUACUGAGCCUGGUGCUCUGAAGGAUGGGUGAGAAUGGAAAAUAGACUUUUUCUUUUUUUAUGUUAAAAUAUAAGUAUUACAGAAUAUUUUUAUAUGAAUCAUAUUGGUACAAAUGUAAUAUGAGGUAAAUAAAAUGUGUUCAUCAGUUA